UGCCCUUGUAUUUUUUUUUCUCAUCUGGGAGGCGGACGUAGGAAAACUCCGAAAUCAUGGGGAGGAGGUCCUCAUCUUCCACCAAGAGUGGGAAGUUCAUGCUACAUUUGUAUCAAUCCAGGAAGGAGGCGAGGAAGAGGGAGCUGAAGAAGAACAAGAAGCAGCGGAUGAUGGUGAGGGCGGCUGUGCUGAAGAUGAAAGAUCCCAAACAGAUCAUCCGCGACAUGGAGAAACUGGAUGAAAUGGAGUUCAAUCCCGUCCAGCAGCCGCAGCUCAAUGAGAAAGUCCUUAAAGACAAGCGGAAGAAGCUGAGGGAGACCUUCGAGCGGAUCCUGCGUCUGUAUGAGAAGGAGAACCCCGAGACGUACAAAGAGCUACGCAAGAUAGAGCUGGAGUAUUAUAUAAUAAUCCGGCCACUCGGUGUAUAUUAUCUGUCCGUGCAGAACGCUCAGCAUGUGGAGGUGGAGAGUAUUCCGCUGCCGGAUCUUCCUCAUGCCCCUUCUAACAUUCUCAUCCAAGACAUUCCUCUGCCCGGGGCUCAGCCACCCUCCAUUCUGAAGAAGACUUCUGCUUAUGGGCCUCAGGGGCGUGGCGUAUCUGUGACCUAUCCACCAGGACACGGCGUCCCUCGCCUACCACCGGGCAGAAAACCGCCUGGGCCGCCCCCGGGUCCUCCCCCACCCCACGUUCUGCAGAUGUACGGGCGUAAAGUCGGCUUCGCUUUGGACAACAUUUUGAGGAAGAAGGACGAUGAUGUGAGAUACAGCCCUGAUAGAGGUGACCGAGGUCACCACGACCUCUCUAGUUCCAGCGAAGACGAGGGCAACCCCAAUGAAAUGGAGCAGGAUAAGGACGAGGAGGAGGAUGGAAGCAGCGAUGAUGAUAGCGACAGCAUUCAGUCCGAUGGCCGGGACAGUGACGGGGGGGAGUACGCACAGCGAGACGCGGAGAGGAAAGGCGGCAAUGAACAGCAAGGAGGGAUCAACGUCCGCUUUUCUGACUCUUCAGAGAAAUCUCAUAAGAAGAAGAAGAAGCCAGUGAAGGACAUUACGCCACUUCAGGCCAUGAUGUUGCGUAUGGCGGGUCAGGAGGUGACGGAGGAGGACGAUGAACACGAAGCUGAAGACUAUUCAUCUCCCUCGUCGUCCGACGACGAGUCGGAGCCGGAGAAUGAGCAGCAGACCGAGGAUUCAAAAGGGGAGCGCACAGAAUCCGGCUCCACCUCCACGCAGGUGUCAGCGCCGCCGCCUGUUACCGUCCCGCCCCCGCCGCUGCAGAUGCCGCCAUCCAUAAUGACAGGACCCCCUCCUCUCGGCCCACCGCCACUUCGUCCUCCUGGACCACCUACAGGGAUGCCGCCCGGGCCACCUCCAGGGGCGCCUCCAUUCCUGAGGCCACCGGGUCUUCGCGGCCCACCCCCACGUCUGUUACCACCUGGGCCUCCACCGGGCCGACCUCCUGGCCCUCCUCCAGGUCCACCUCCAGGCUUACCGCCAGGUCCUCCUCCGCGUGGACCACCACCCCGCCUGCCCCCACCAACACCUCCAGGCAUGCCACCUCCUCCUCGGCCCAUGAUGCGUCCCCCGAUGGUUCCUCCUCCUGGCACCGCUCCCCCCGGCAUGUACCCGCCGACCCAGAUGGCCAACCCAGGCGUGCUGAGCGCGCCGCCCAGCUUGAUACAGAGACCCAAAUCGGACGAAAGCGGGGCCACCAUCGAGAAGAAGGCCACCGCCACCAUCAGCGCCAAACCCCAGAUCACCAACCCCAAAGCCGAGGUCACGCGCUUCGUACCCACCGCCCUCCGCGGCUGCAACAACUAA